CCAGCCCCCUGCACACACCGUCAACUAAGCGAAGCCAAAAAGCCCAAAGACGUUGACACCAAAUAUAAAGAAGCCCCUCCCCCCAACAUCGAGAAUCUUCGUCCCUUGUCUCCAAGCGAGGCCACUCCCCAAACACCUCACGCAAACCCUAAAAAAAAAAAUCCAUUCCGCAAAGUGUAGCAAAGAAACCACUAACCCCACUAAAAGAUCCUCCAAUCUCUCUCUCUAUCCACACUCUCUUUCUCUCUCUACAGUGAUUUCUGUCGCCCUCAAUUGCGACUUUCCACCACUUCUUUCACUUCUCUCUCUACACUCUCUCUCUCUAAAUAUAUAAAUUAGGGUUUCCAGUCUGUUCAGAUGAGUCCUGGCUCUGGUGCUAAGGACUCUGAGGACGAGCCCGUGCCUCAAGCGCUUGAGGUCGCCAAGGGUUUGGAGAAGUCCGAAGUGGUUAGCGUCGACGAAGAGGAGGGGGAACAGGAGGAGGAAGGGGAACAAGUUGUUGAGAAGACCGCUGACGAUCCCAUGGAGGAAGAUUCGGUCAAUCCGGCCACCGUGUUCUGUAUCAGGCUCAAGCAGCCUCGGUCUAAUUUGCAGCACAAGAUGAGCGUGCCCGAGCUUUGUCGCAAUUUCAGUGCUGUUGCUUGGUGUGGGAAGCUGAAUGCCAUAGCAUGUGCUUCAGAAACUUGUGCAAGAAUCCCAAGUUCUAAUGCAAAUCCCCCAUUUUGGAUCCCUAUACAUAUUGUGAUACCAGAGCGGCCGACGGAAUGCUCUGUUUUCAGUGUCAUAGCAGAUUCUCCUCGUGACUCUGUUCAGUUUAUUGAAUGGUCCCCUGCUUCGUGUCCUCGUGCCUUACUAAUAGCUAACUUCCAUGGGAGGAUAACUAUUUGGACUCAGCCUUCUCAAGGACCAGCUAAUCUGGUGCGUGAUGCUAGUUGCUGGGAGCGUGAAUAUGAAUGGCAUCAGGAUAUUGCUGUUGUUACAAAAUGGCUAUCAGGGGUGUCUCCGUAUAGGUGGCUUUCCUCAAAAACCAGUAGCUCCACAAGUUUAAAGUCACCUUUUGAGGAAAAAUUCCUUUCUCAGCAGCCACAAACUUCAGAUAGGUGGCCAAAUUUUCUGUGUGUUUGCUCCGUCUUCUCAUCAGGCUCCAUUCAACUUCACUGGUCUCAGUGGCCUCCUCAGAAUGGUGCAACAUCAAAGUGGUUUUCCACAGCCAAAGGGCUAUUGGGAGCUGGACCUAGUGGAAUUAUGGCUGCUGAUGCUAUCAUAACAGACACUGGUGCCAUGCAUGUUGCAGGUGUUCCGAUUGUAAAUCCAUCGACUGUUGUUGUUUGGGAGGUCACACCAGGCCCUGGAAAUGGUUUUCAAGUGAUCCCAAAGUCAAGUGCGACCAAUGGGGUCCCACCUUCUCUCAAUCCUCCUAGUUGGGCAGGUUUUUCCCCUUUGGCUGCAUAUUUAUUUAGCUGGCAAGAGUUUUUGGCUUCUGAAAUGAAGCAAGGGAGGAAGCAGACAGAUCAAGAUUUCAAUGACGCUGUAUUACUACAUUGUUCACCAGUUUCAAAUUUUUCUGCAUAUGUGAGUCCUGAGACUGCAGCUCAAUCAGCAGCAACUACCACAUGGGGUUCUGGAGUCACUGCAGUUGCCUUUGAUCCAACUCGUGGAGGUUCAGUGAUAGCUGUUGCGAUAGUUGAAGGGCAGUACAUGUCUCCCUAUGAUCCAGAUGAGGGCCCUUCAAUCACAGGAUGGAGGGUGCAACGCUGGGAAUCAUCUCUUCAGCCUGUUGUCCUCCAUCAAAUAUUUGGAAAUCCCACUUCCAGUUUUGGGGGGCAGGCACCUGUGCAAACGGUUUGGCAAACAAAAGUCAAUAAAAGCAUCUCACCAACUAGUGAUUUUAAAAGUCAACAAACACCUGCAACAGGACCAACCUCUGAGAGAAAUACAUCUGAUUCUUCUAUGGAUAUGGGCAAAAGAGUCAGCUUUGAUCCCUUUGAUUUGCCUAGUGAUGUUAGAACACUUGCUCAAAUUUCAUAUUCUGCUCAUGGUGGUGAGAUUGCUGUUGCUUUUCUAAGGGGUGGGGUGCACAUCUUUUCUGGUCCAAACUUUACACCUGUUGAUAACUACCAGAUUAACGUUGGCUCUGCAAUUGCUACUCCUGCAUUCUCAUCUACAAGCUGCUGUUCAGCUUCUGUUUGGCAUGAUACCAACAAGGACAGAACUAUGUUGAAGAUAAUUCGCGUUCUCCCCCCUGCUGUUCCAAGUAGUCAAGUAAAAGCCAACUCAUCAAACUGGGAACGUGCAAUUGCUGAGAGGUUUUGGUGGAGCCUUUUGGUUGGAGUUGAUUGGUGGGAUGCUGUUGGAUGUACACAGAGCGCAGCUGAGGAUGGCAUUGUUUCUUUGAACAGUGUCAUUGCAGUGUUGGAUGCAGAUUUCCAUUCUCUCCCUUCUACUCAGCACCGACAACAGUAUGGCCCUAGUCUGGACAGGAUAAAAUGCAGGCUAUUGGAAGGUAUAAACGCGCAGGAGGUUAGGGCAAUGGUUCUGGAUAUGCAAGCAAGGUUACUGCUGGAUAUGCUGGGGAAAGGAAUUGAAUCAGCGCUAAUGAAACCUUCAGCUCUAGUACCUGAGCCAUGGCCAGCAACUGGUGAGACAUUAUCUGGCAUUGAUCCAGAAGAAAUGGCCGUUGACCCAGCACUAGUUUUUAGCAUUCAGGCUUAUGUUGAUUCCAUCCUUGAUCUAGCUUCACACUUCAUCACUCGCUUGAGGCGUUAUGCAAGUUUCUGUCGUACUUUGGCAAGUCAUGCUGUUACUGCAGGCACGGGCAGCAAUCGAAGUGCAGUGGCUAGUCCUACCCAAAGUUCUGCAUCUCCUGCAACAAGUCAGGGAGGUCAAAGUGGUACCACCAGUUCCACAGGGAGCACCCAGAUGCAAGCUUGGGUACAAGGUGCUAUUGCUAAGAUUAGUAGCACCACCGAUGGAGUUCCAAAUUCGACCCCAAAUCCCAUAAAUGGUCCACCAUCCUUCAUACCCAUAAGUAUUAAUACUGGGACAUUUCCUGGAACUCCAGCUGUUAGGCUUAUUGGGGACUGCCAUUUCCUUCAUAGAUUAUGCCAACUUUUGCUUUUUUGUUUUUUCUUCCGACGAACACAAUUACCUCGUGUUAUUGGGGUUGCACAGAGGAAUGCUGAUACCAAUAUGCAUAAACCCCAAGCUACUGGGACCAGCAAGGUGGAGGAGAACAGUACUGUUUCUAACAAACUGGCAUCAGCUAUGGCAAGAUCGGAAGAGGGUCAGGUUGCUCGAGCUAAUCAUGCCAUCAAUGGAGCUAAAGGAGCUGAAGAAGGUCCUACAGGCCGGUCAAGAUUAGGUUCUGGAAAUGCUGGGCAAGGAUACACAUUUGAGGAGGUGAAGGUCCUUUUCCUCAUACUUAUGGAUCUCUGUCGUAGAACAUCCGCUCUGCAACAUCCAUUGCCAAUUUCUCAGGUGGGAAGCAACAACAUCCAGGUCCGUCUGCAUUACAUAGAUGGGAGUUAUACCGUCUUACCAGAGGUUGUAGAAGCAUCUCUUGGUCCACAUAUGCAGAAUAUGCCCCGGCCUAGAGGUGCAGAUGCUGCUGGUCUUUUACUUCGUGAGUUAGAGCUCCAUCCUCCUGCUGAAGAGUGGCAUAGGCGGAAUAUGUUUGGUGGGCCCUGGUCUGAUCCUGAGGAUAUGGGUUCUGUAGAUGAUACUCCCAAACUAAGUACCUAUGCUGAUCCACUUGAAUCAAACUCAUUUGAAAAUAAUGAUACAUAUUAUGGAGCCCGUGGUUUGUGGCCAAGGAAACGCAGGUUAUCUGAAAGAGAUGCAGCUUUUGGCUUGAACACUUCGGUGGGAUUGGGUGCAUAUCUUGGAAUAAUGGGAUCUAGAAGAGAUGUUGUCACUGCUGUCUGGAAGACUGGUCUGGAAGGGGUUUGGUACAAGUGCAUAAGAUGUUUGCGGCAGACUUCAGCUUUUGCAGCAGAUGCUACCAAUCAACCUAAUCAGAAUGAGCGGGAGAUGUGGUGGAUCAGCCGUUGGGCUUAUGGCUGCCCAAUGUGUGGUGGAACAUGGGUUCGGGUUGUAUAGAAUAUAGAGGAUUAUAUUGACUGUUUCUAUUCUGUUAUCAAGCAAGGACCUGCUCCCUCAGGAGCAAAAAUUGAAGUUGGACUUCUAUAUGACCACUGAUAAACACAGUUGACUUGAACAUGAUGCAGACCAGACUUAUACUGGACGGAUGGUGGUGAUCAGCAGAGGUAGAUAUCAUCUAUUUCAAGAGGUUAAAAUUCACUUGGAUCUCAUGAUUGUAGAUAUCCCUAUCAACCAGAUGACUGCUGAUAUCUUCUUAUGCCAGAAUAGGCUUUUAAGUUCUGCAACACUUCUGGUGUGUGAUUAAGGUCACUCUAUUAGUUCAGUUUCUGGUAUAGGAUAUCGUUAUUCGAGUAACAAUCUUGUCCUUAUUGUAUGUCCACAUGUAUGACUGCAUUAUUUUGACAGAUGCAUCGAUUUUCCUCAUUGGUCAUGUUGCUUCUGUGGCCGGGAUAGUACAAAGCCUCAUUCUUUUGUAUAACCAAAACAGCCUGGAUGCUGUUUUAGUUCAAUUUCUUUGCUUUUCCAGUUCAAAGAUGCCCAUGAUUUGGCUCUACCAAACAUCACGAAAUAGAUUGGAGAGGAGCUGAGAACUAAUAGGGAACCAAUGCUUCUGCCUCUUGUAUUGUAAGUGAACUCACUGGUUUUUGUUGAUACAUUUGCUAAAUGGCAUCUCUGCCACCCCUCAGAUCCCUUACCGUUGUAAAAAGGAACAAAUGAUUUUGGUUUAAUCUUCAUAACGAUUGUAGAUAUUUUGUAGUUAAAA